UGCACUGUUCCUAAUGAACAUCCAAGAACUGAGCUGUCUGCACUGCUUUUGAAGUGACAGCUCAGACACUGGACAUAAAAGACUAACAAAAAAAGAAGCUUAAAGGAUGGACAAGCAAGAUAGCACUGGUCUUAAGCCCGCCAAAUCUUGGAUCGAAGAGGUCUUCAGUAAAAGAGAAUGUGCACAUAUUAUUCCCAGCUCAAAAGAUAUACACAGAUGUCCUGCAGGAUGCCAGGUGUGCCAUAAUUUAAUCAGGUGCUGCUGUGGACGGCUGAUUGGAGAGCACCCAGAGGUAGAAUGCAGCUGGCCUGUUUAUCAGGCUGGUUCGCAGAGUGAUGGUGGAGAAUGGUCUGUGCAAAAACACACAAAGAUGAGUCCAACAGAUGCAUUUGGUACAAUCAAUUUUCAAGAUGGAGACCACACUUACCAUGCCAAGUAUAUUAGACUUUCUUAUGAUAGCAAUUUGGAUCAGCUGUUGCACCUGAUGGUUAAAGAAUGGCAGAUGGAAUUGCCAAAGCUAGUGAUCUCUGUUCAUGGAGGAAUUCAAAAUUUCAAGCUUCCCUCAAAGGUCAAGCAGGUUUUCAGCAAAGGGCUGGUGAAGGCAGCUGAGUCUACAGGAUCAUGGAUAAUUACAGAAGGCAUCAACAGCGGAGUGUCCAGGCAUGUGGGGGAUGCACUGAAAGGCCGUGCCUCACCACACCUGAGAAAGAUCUGUGCUAUUGGGAUUCCUCCUUGGGGUAUCAUUGAGAAUCAGAGGGAUCUCAUUGGAAAAGAUGUAGUUUGCCUGUACCAGACCCUUGGUAACCCGCUCAGCAAGCUGAGUACGCUCAACAGCAUGCAUUCUCAUUUUCUAAUGGCAGAUGAUGGAACAGUAGGCAAGUAUGGGAAUGAAAUGAUGCUCAGGAGGAAUUUGGAGAAGUACAUAUCACUUCAAAAAGUACACACAAGAAUGGGCCAAGGUGUACCCAUAGUUGGGCUCGUGCUGGAAGGGGGCCCCAGUGUGAUCCUGAUGGUGUGGGAGUACGUGAGGGCCAGCCCAGCUGUCCCAGUGGUGGUCUAUGAGGGCACUGGCAGAGCUGCAGAUAUCCUGGCUUUUACCCACAAACACAUGGGUGAUACUGGGUGA